CAGUCUCUCUGUAACUGUCUCUCCCUCUCUCACCAGUCUCUGUAACUGUCUCUCCCUCUCUCACCAGUCUCUCUGUAACUGUCUCUCCCUCUCUCACCAGUCUCUCCCUCUCUCAACAGUCUCUCCCUCUCUCAACAGUCAGUCUCUCCCUCCCUCAACAGUCUCUCUGUAACUGUCUCUCCCUCUCUCACCAGUCUCUCCCUCUCUCACCAGUAUCUCCCUCUCUCACCAGUCUCUCUGUGCUUCUCUCUCUCUAUUUGUGUUUAUGUUCCUAUAAGGCUUAUCUUUGCAGUCACACACAUUCCUGCUUGCUCUCCCUCUCUCACCAGUCUCUCUGUAACUGUCUCUUCCUCUCUCUCACCAGUCUUUCUGUACCAGUCUCUCUCUCUCUCUCUCUCUCACAAGUCUCUCUGUAACUGUCUCUUCCUCUCUCUCACCAGUCUUACUGUACCAGUCUCUCUCUCUCUCCCUCUCUCUCACAAGUCUCUCUGUACCUGUCUCUCUGUUUGUGUUUAUGUACCUAUAAGGCUUAUCUUUGCGGUCACACACAUUACUGCUUGCUCUCCCUCUCUCACCAGUCUCUCACCAGCCUCUCCCUCUCUCACCAGUCUCUCCCUCUCUCACCAGUCUCUCCCUCUCUCACCAGUCUCUCUGUAACUGUCUCUUCCUCUCUCUCACCAGUCUUUCUGUACCAGUCUCUCUCUCUCUCCCUCUCUCUCACAAGUCUCUCUGUAACUGUCUCUCCCUCUCUCACCAGUCUUUCUGUACCAGUCUCUCUCUCUCUCCCUCUCUCUCACAAGUCUCUCUGUACCUGUCUCUCUGUUUGUGUUUAUGUACCUAUAAGGCUUAUCUUUGCGGUCACACACAUUCCUGCUUGCUCUCCCUCUCUCACCAGUCUCUCUGUAACUGUCUCUCCCUCUCUCACCAGUCUUUCUGUACCAGUCUCUCUCUCUCUCCCUCUCUCUCACAAGUCUCUCUGUACCUGUCUCUCUGUUUGUGUUUAUGUACCUAUAAGGCUUAUCUUUGCGGUCACACACAUUCCUGCUUGCUCUCCCUCUCUCACCAGUCUCUCUGUAACUGUCUCUCCCUCUCUCACCAGUCUUUCUGUACCAGUCUCUCUCUCUCUCACAAGUCUCUCUGUACCUGUCUCUCUGUUUGUGUUUAUGUACCUAUAAGGCUUAUCUUUGCGGUCACACACAUUACUGCUUGCUCUCCCUCUCUCACCAGUCUCUCUGUAACUGUCUCUCCCUCUCUCACCAGUCUUUCUGUACCAGUCUCUCUCUCUCUCCCUCUCUCUCACAAGUCUCUCUGUACCUGUCUCUCUGUUUGUGUUUAUGUACCUAUAAGGCUUAUCUUUGCGGUCACACACAUUCCUGCUUGCUCUCCCUCUCUCACCAGUGUCUGAAACAGAGCACAGGAAUGUGAUGAAAAAGGUGUCCCUCCCUCCCCUGACUCAUCUCCCUCCCCUACCCUGUGGGCGCUGUGUACCUCCAUGUGUGGGACAUUUAAUCCCUCCCUUGUGUAGAUCACAAACAUUAUCCUUUCUUACUUAUUCUCAGAGGAGUCUGUCCUGUGCAUAUCUCUACCUCUGUUCUAUGUAACUUCUCACUUAUUAUCUGACUUAUUUUUGGGUUUAUAAUGGAGGUCAUUGUCCUUCCCAGGACCAAACUGAUUAGUUGGCGAGAUUCUCUUCGCAAGAUGGCAGGAGACCAAGUCAAAGCAGAGAAGGCAUUUAUGGACAUGAACUACCAUUCUCUGGCCUCCCAGGAAUUGGAUUUGAAGCAAAUGGAACUGGAUUCUGCAGCGGCCAAAUUAGAUGUCCUGAGACGUGAGCUGGAGAAUAAGAGAGAAGCCGGAAACCCUAUCAAGGGACAGAGUAAAGAUGUUCCCACUCAGGGAACUGUCCUCUCCCUUUCCCCCUCACUGACACGGAAGUCCAUCCCCUCUCCAAAUCCUGUCUCUAUCACCUCCAACCUACCUGUUCUCAAACCCCGCCCACAAGAGUCCAUGCCUGUGGCCCCCCAAUUGUUUUUUAGCCACACACCCUCAGGUCCCUCACACCCGAUUUCCCCCACCCUCACUCGUCGGACCCAUUCUACUGACUCUAAUACAGAUUCCUAUCUCAGCGCCCCAUUGCGUAGCCCCAGAGGUCGCCCCUCCUCUCCUCGAUUACAUUACUAUGAACGCUCUCCCUCACCCCGUCUGUUGUCUGGCUCAUAUGAUUACCCUCUGGUACCUCGAUCUGCCUCACCUGUACCGGAUAUGCCCCCCGGAGGGAUGUAUACUGAAUGGGGUCCCCCACAGAGGCAUACACCAGCCUAUGAGGUCCCUCCUGGCUUCGUACCCAGGUUUUCAGAUGAUGUCAGUUCUCUUCGCCGCCGGCCACCACAACGCAACUGGAACGAGUCUGAUCUGGAUGUUUCGUAUGAAAAGAAACCAUCUUCAGAAAGGUCUGAUCGAGCCCCUAUUGGGGGUCUUCCGCUUGUUGGGGCCUGGAGGGAGAGCAGCUUGGACGCCAUGCCAGCGAAAGGGAAGGGAGACUCCUCUUCCACUCUCCCUCGAGGUUACAAAUUUUCCUCAGGUACAGACCGUAUUUCCUCUGGGGUGGAGCCUGUACGGAGAUCAGGAACUGGCACUCUGCCCCGUUCACUCCCCACUCAGCAGCCUAUCUCGCGUAUUCCUGUUCCACCUCCUCAAGGGAGAAACCAGCCUCACAGGCCCCUCCCUCUUUCCAUGAUUUUUCGUCUGCAAAAUGCAUUCUGGGAGCACCAGACCCCACCCCCUAUGCAAUCCACACAACCUCCAGUGACUAUGGUCCAGCCACCGCCUUUAUUUUUACCUGUAGUACCAGAUUUGCCACUCCCUGCUGUGCCUGCUCAAGUAGCACCUCAGAGUGAGGAAGUGCCCCGACCCCUCAGUCCCACCCGUCUUCAGCCCACACUUCCUCCCUCAUUGGCUGAGGUACAGAGAGUACUUGAAGAUAUGCCACGCCCUUUGAGGAGGAGGGGCUCCCAAGAGCACACAAGUCAGGGCCCUCUUCUUCCCUCUCACAACCGACAGUACAAGCAAAUUAUGGGUCGUCUUUUUGGGAGAGCUCCCAGCAAGCUAAAAACAGAUGAGAAGUUUCAAGGCUCCUCACAAAAGUAUGGGUCUGUCUCAGAGGAACAGGGAACUGAGGAUGAGAUGAUAAACACCUACUUUAAGACACCCACAAUUAUUGAGGAUGCCAAGACUGAAGAGAAAUUAUCAGACUCCUCCCCUAAUCGUACACCAUCCCCUGAGGAACCACCUUGCAUCAUUAUAGAGGGAUCAGAAUCCAGGGUGGGGGCAUGCCCUGUGCCUUCUGAAGUGGAGUCAGGAGUUCCUGUGGUGAUUGGAGGAAAUCAGACCAUGGGUCUCCGAUCUGCUUUAAAGGGCCGUAACUCCCCACGCAAAUCUGGCCCCCGCAGAGCCAGACUGGACCCCCUCAUAAUGCUUCUAGAUGGUGCACUGACAGGUGAACUGGACGUGGUGACACAGGCUCUGAGAGAGGUAAAUGACCCCAGCCUACCUAACGAGGAGGGAAUCACCGCCCUGCACAAUGCAAUAUGUGGCGCUAAUUACCACAUUGUUAACUUACUUGUGAACAGCGGAGCCAAUGUUAACGCUGCAGAUAGUCACGGAUGGACCCCCCUCCACUGUGCUGCCUCCUGUAACGACACACAGAUGUGCUCCAUAUUGGUGCGACACGGAGCAGCCAUCUUUGCUACAACCUACAGUGAUGGCAGCCUGGCUGUUGAUAGAUGUGAUCCCUAUCAGGAGGGUUAUAAAGAAUGCAUCACUUUCCUAACCGAGGUUGAACAGUGCAUGGGAGAGACCCAGAGUGGAGUAGUCUAUGCAUUGUGGGACUACACAGCCGAGUUUUCUGACGAGUUGUCCUUUAGGGAAGGGGAUACUGUCACUGUAUUAAGGAAGGAUGGUGAUGGGGGUAACUGGUGGUGGGCCUCUCUGUGUGGACGAGAAGGCUACGUACCUCGUAACUACUUUGGGAUGUACCCAAGAGUACGACCGCAACGCAGCCCCCUGUGAUGUCAUAAGAGCAGGGUCAUAAUCAACAUGCAAAAAUAUCAUUCACCAGCGGAGGAAAGUGUGUGAAAGUGUGUAGGAGUGUGUGCGUCUGUGUGUCUUGGGGUAAAUGUAAACAUAGUGUGUGUAGGAGUGUGUGCGUCUGUGUGUCUUGGGGUAAAUGUAAACAUAGUGCGUUUGUGGUACUCUGUGUGUGACGACUGCCUAUCUGGCGGAGAAGUGUGCUGCUAGUGGGGUCUAUCACACAGCAGCAAGUGUGUAGUUGUGUGAUCUUAUGUUUGUCUCUCUUUGUACAACAUUAUAUUAUUUUGUAAUAAAAAAUAGACUAACAA